AUGGGCCAAGAAAACUCCCACGAGCAGGUCGACCCCGACGCUCCGCCGCGGACCCUCACGUCGCGAACCCUCCCCGCCGUGGCGCAGUACAUCAAAAGCGGCCGGCCGAAACGCAUCGUGGUCAUGACCGGUGCGGGGAUCUCCACCUCGGCCGGCAUCCCGGACUUCCGGUCCGAGAAGACCGGACUGUACGCCAACCUGGCCCGGCUGGACCUCCCGCACCCGGAAGCCGUGUUCGACAUCUCGUUCUUCCGGGAGAGGCCGGAGCCGUUCUACGUUUUGGCGAAGGAGCUGUACCCGGGCCGGUUCUACCCCACCGUCUCGCACGCGUUCAUCGCGCUGCUGAGCGAGAAGCGCAUGUUGACGAUGCUGUUCACGCAGAACAUUGACUGUCUGGAGCGGCAGGCCGGGGUUCCAGGCGACAAGAUUGUCGAGGCCCAUGGUAGUUUCGCGUCGCAGCGGUGCAUUGAAUGCAAGACGGAGUACCCCGAGGAUCAGAUGAAGGAGGCGGUAGAGGAGGGACGGGUGCCACACUGUGUGGUGCCGCAGUGCAACGGGCUUGUCAAGCCAGACAUUGUUUUCUUUGGAGAGUCGCUUCCGGCGUCCUUUUUUCAGCAUCGGGAUUUGCCCAUGACGGCGGAUCUGAUCAUCGUGAUGGGCACGAGUCUGUCGGUGCAGCCGUUUGCGAGUUUACCGAGUAUGGCCGGGGAUGGUGUGCCGCGGGUUUUGAUCAACAAGGAGAAGGUGGGUGACUUUGGAAGUCGUUUGGAUGAUGUGGAGAUUCUUGGGGAGUGUGAUGAGGGUGUCAGGGAGCUGGCUGAUGCGUUGGGCUGGAAGGACGAACUGGAGCAGAUGUGGCUAGGGGUUAGAGGGAAUGAGAAGGAGAGGGAGGCCGAGAGAUUGGGAGAGCUGAGGAAGGGGAUGACGAAAGACGAAUUGUUGGAGGCAGAGAUUGAGAAGUUGACGGCCGAGGUGGAUGAUUCGCUGAAAGUCCACAAGGAGCACGAGGCGUGGGUCAGGAAGGGGCUUGGUCUGCCAGAGGAUAGGGAGGUAUCAAAUUCAGAGGAAAUCAGGCACGAGGAUUUGUUGUUGGGGUCAUCGGCUGGCAAUAUUCCAGUCAACACUGAGAAGGUCACCGACGACGUACCAGCAGAAGCACCCAAGGUCGACGCGAAGGCCAUUCUCGACACUACAUUGCCUCAAAAUAGACCGGAUGGCAAGUCCGUGGAGACUUCAAGUGGAGAAAAUAAGCCAGGCCCCCAUAUCUGA